AUGCCAGAAGAAUUUAAUGAUCUUCAUGGUAUGGCACCAGAUUCAAAUGAUAUAGCAUUAUUACUUAUUGAUGUUAUUAAUCAUCUAGAUUUCGAACAAAAUGAAGAAGCAGCACGUAAAGCCAAUAUACCAAUAAUUUAUGUUAAUGAUAAUUUUGGUAAAUGGAAAUCAGAUUUUCAUAAUGUUAUUGAAUAUGUUAUUAAUGAAAAUAAACCUGAUUUUGUUCUUAAACCAAAACAUUCAGGUUUUUAUUGUACUCCACUUGAUCUAUUACUCAAUCAUUUAGAUACAGAAACAUUAAUUCUUGCUGGUUUUGCUGGAAAUAUAUGUGUUUUAUUAACAGCUAAUGAUGGUUAUAUGAGAAAUUAUAAAUUAAUUGUUCCAAGCGACUAUAUUGGAUCAAAUACAAUUAAAAAAAAUUAUGCUUGUUUGGAACAAAUGAAGAAACUACUUAAAGCAGAUACAAGAUCAUCAAUUGAUAUAAUAAAAGAAAUUGAAAAAAUGCCAAAAAAUAAAAAGAAUGAUGAAAAACGGGCAAAAACAUGA